UUGCCUUUUAACUCCUCUGGGGUUAGGAGGGGAGGGCAGCCAGCGGCUGGGAGGGGACCAGAACUUUCUGGGAGGAAGGACGUCCUGGGGCAGGCAUCACAGAGGCACGUCCGUGCAGUGGGGCUAGACACCACCUGGCUAUGCCUUUUCCUUGCUCCACCUCCUCAACCCUCAGUGCCCUAUCUGCUUGCCUGUUCUCUGGAUCCUUCCGCAGUGCCAGGCACAGUGUCUUCCAUACAGUGAGGACUCGGUAAAUGAUUGCAUAAAACUUGUAACAUGGGGAGGCUGCCUGACUCACAAUUCCUCUGACCUCUGUUCUUCCUUUCUGCUGGAUCCCACCCAGAGACUGCAGUGAUUGGUUCAAGGGAAGACAUGUGACUCCAGCUGGGCCAAUAGAAAGUCUUCCCUGGGAUUUUAAAAAUUAGAGCAGAGAAAAGGACAUAUUGUCUCCUCUGGUCAUGAGGCUCUAUGAAUAUGAGGUCACAGCUGCUGGAGUCCACGCUACCUGGAGUCUAAAGAAAGGCCUUGGGCAAUGUGAUGUGCUCUGGUCCAACCUGCCUGCAAGCCAUUCCCCAGACACAACUUAGACCAGAAUUAUGACAGUGAUCAUAAUGGCAGUUUUCAUUUACUGAGCAUUUAGGGUGGGUUGACCUGUGCUCAUGGUGCCCUCAUUGUUGAGCUCCAAGUGAGCUCUCCUUUCUGUGACCUUUCAGGGCACCAGGCUUGCCCUUCUUUUACAGUGAUUACCACAUCCUGUGCUGAAUUGUUCACGUGCUAUCUUUCCUAAGUACUCCGCAUGUGGAAGCCACUGUACUUGGCACUGGGGAGGGAUGUAGAAAUCUGUAACGUGCUUUUAUAUUAGAUUACAGGAUACACAUGCAUGAUUUCUGUGUUAGGCAAGUUUAUGCCAAAACAGUCUGAAACAAACAACUUGAAAUUUUUAGGGGGUUAUAACUACAAAUGUUUAUUCUUGCUCAUGUUUCAUAACCAUCGUGAGGGGCUUGGGACUCUGUUCCCCAUGGCCUUUGUUCCAGGACCCUGAUGAAUGAAACAGCAGCACGUGCAGAACAAAAAGAGAACACAACGUACUGACUCUUGAAUCCUCCACCUGGAAGUAACCAAUCACUCACGCUCACAAGUCACAUGGCCACGCCUGAGCUCAGGAGAUGAGAAAGGACAAUCCUUCCAAGGAGAGGUACCAAACCUUUGUGAGCAGAAUACUGUCUAGUCCUCCCUCUUCCCUUGACAGGUGGGCUGACAUCCUGUUACUUCUGUAACCUCCACAGUGGCUGGCCUUGCACUGGCACCUAGUAACUCUCAGUAAACGCCAGGCCCUGUUCUGGAGCCAGCGAUGGAAAAGUGAUCCCACCCCACUGCCCCGCCCUUCUCCCUGGGUUGGUGGCUUGGGCAGCAUCUCACCCAGCCUGCACCCCACUGAACCAAAUGAAAUUGCUAAUAAUGAGCUGUGUCUGAUCAAUGAAAAUGGCGAUUUCAUAUGGUUCAACCCAAUGCUAAACAGGUGAGGGCUCUGUUUGAAGCUGGGAGGGAACCUAUUAUUCGGUAUUUCGCUAUCCCUGCAGCACCCCGCAGCGCACACUCACAGAACCCUAGCAUGAAAGUCUCUGGAUGAAAUGAUCUCCAAGUUCUCAAAUUCUGCAUCCCUGACUUGAGCCCUAAUGCAGGUCUCUCGGGCAGCACAGCACACAGACGAGAUACACCUGAGGGCAAGUCCCCCUCCCCAGGGUCUGCACAUGCUGUGGCACAUUGUCUUGUCACAGCCUGUGCCCAGGGCACUGAGCCCUGCGCUAACCAGAUGAGAAAUUGCGGUCCGCUUUCUUCGCGUGGCUCUUCCAUGCAUCUCUGUCAAUGCUGGUUUACGUUCUGGGAUUGAACUCAUUUGUUUCCUGUUUGCUCCUGGCUGCAGGCUUCAGGCAGCUCAGCUUUGCUGCCCUGUGUUUGCAACUUGCCAACCUCCCACCCCUUGCCUUCCCCACCCACAGCAAACCACAUCUUAAGGCAAAAGGAUUAGCGGGCUCAGUGUGAUGUGAUUCUGGCACUCGUAGCCUGGACGCUCCCGCUACCACGGCGAGCUGGGGGUGGGGAGAGUGAAGCCUCCAGUUGCUUCAUGGGAGAAGAGGGUGGGGGAGAUGAGCCUUCGGUGCCCAGCGGGGAGCGUCCCCACCCUGACAGCCAGCAAGCCAGAGUGGCCACAGCAGUGGUGCCGACUGCAGCUCAUGUUUGCUGAGGAUCAAGCGCCAGCCCCGGUACUAACCCCUGUUCAUGCAUUUUAGACCAUUCUCUCCACAGCCUCUCUCAGGGACAAGAUAUCUCUAUUCUGCCCAUUUUGCAGUCUGAGAAGCCACAACUGAAGAGGUGAAAUGAUGUGCCCCAGAUCCCCCAAUAGGACUCAAGCUUCAGUAUCUGGUGUAUCUGAUUCCAGAAUUCCCGUCCUUACAAGUGCUCCAUAUUCCUCCGUCCCCCAAAUCUUGAUGCUUACAGCUAGCUGCCGAAAAAUAAACUUCUCCCCACUGCCUGAAAAUGGUAGGGAUGACGUGUGGAUUUCUGGAAACUGGAGCUGAGACACAUCUUUGGGGGGAUCAGAGAUGGCAUUUGAGACACUCACAGUCCUCUGGGUGUCCCCACAUGGCACGUUUUAAUUUUAAAGGGCAGAUGAGUAAGAUGCUUCCUCAGGGCUUCCCUAAAGGCCUGGAUAUUGGCUGACCAGAGGGCCGGUUUUCUCACUGACGUUCUUCUCUUCAAUAGACUACAAAAUUUCAGCUGUAAAAAUAUUUAUUUUUAACCCCGCCUGGGACUCUCUACAAACGAUUUUCGUAUUGAGUAUAAAAAAAGUCGAACCUGUAACUAUUUUUAUUUUGGUCUGCAGAACAUCUGCUUAAUAUUUUCCAAAGCUGGAUCUGUGCACACGCAGCAGCCCACCAGCUCCACGCCUGGCAAACACCGAGCGGAAGUGGGCGUGUGUGCUCAUCAGGACGUAUGUUCCGAGCGGUGCCGACAGCCCCAAACCGGAGACGAUGUGAAGGCCCAAGGAUGAGAAGGGAGCUACGGUAGAGCCACACAGUGGUCUACUACAUGGCCCUGAGAGGGGACGAACUUCAGCUACCCCCGGGGACAGGGAAGAUCUCACACCCAUUAUGCUGACUGAGCAGAAGGAGUCAGACACAGAACGUAUAUCCUGUGUGAUCUGAUGCUUAGGAUGUUCAAAAACAGGCAAAACUGACAUCUAGCAUUAAAAGUCAGGAUCAUUUUAGUCCUGGGGUGGUGAAGGGUAGUGGCUGGGGGUGGGGAGUAUUCUGGGGUGCUGGCUUCACUGGGGCGCUCACAGUGGGAAACAUGUGGAGCCUUGUGCUUAGGCUUUGUGCCUUCCUCCCCAUCCAGCAUACCUAAAUAAGACCCGGCUUCAGUACACCUGAGUAAGACCCGGGUCCGGUAUGCCCGAGCAAGAUCCGGACCCAGUACACCCAAGCAAGACCCGGAUCCGGGAUCCAGUACUCCUGAGCAAGACCCGGAUCCGGGAUCCAGUACACCUGAGUAAGACUUGGAUCCAGGAUCCAGUACGCCUGAGCAAGACCCGGAUCCAGGAUCCAGUACGCCUGAGCAAGACCCGGAUCCGGGAUCCAGUACUCCUGAGCAAGACCCGGAUCCGGGAUCCAGUACACCUGAGUAAGACUUGGAUCCGGGAUCCAGUACGCCUGAGCAAGACCUGGAUCCGGGAUCCAGUACGCCUGAGCAAGACCUGGAUCCGGGAUCCAGUACGCCUGAGCAAGACCUGGAUCCGGGAUCCAGUACGCCUGAGCAAGACCCGGCCUGAGGAAAGGCUGCUGCCCUCAGCUGUGCUUGAACCUUGUCUUUUACGCAGGUCCCCAGAAAUGGAGUGGGUGGGGCCCAGGCAGGCUUCCUCAGUUUCCUCCACAGCUUCCAUUUCAGCACUGAACCCUCGUUGUUAAAUUGAGAGUUAACACCAAUUUGUAACUAGAAAGUUGGCUGUAAAAUUCAUUGAGUGGGUCUUAACCAGCAUUUUAAAAGACCAAGUAUAAUAUCAUGUGACAUAAUAACAGCAAUCACAUAAAAAUACAUAGGUAGUCACGGUAGGCAU